GGCUUCAGUCAUUCUUCUUCUUCUUCUUCAAAAAAAAAAAAAAAAAAAGCUUCAAUCAUUCUACUUGUUACGUUGACUUAGCAGUUCGGUUCGGAGAAAGAAAAUGCCUGGCCGAGCUUCCUUUAACUACGAUGUGUUCCUCAGCUUCAGAGGUGAAGAUACGAGAUAUAAUUUUACGGGAAAUCUGUACAAUGCUCUGAAUCAAAGAGGAAUCCACACAUUCUUUGACGACAAGGAGAUUCGAAAAGGAGAGGAAAUCACUCAAAAACUUCUCAAGUCAAUUGAAGAAUCUAGAAUCUCUAUCGUUGUGCUGUCUAAGCACUAUGCUUUUUCUUCCUUUUGUUUGAAGGAACUCACCGCGAUCCUCGAGUGCUAUGAGAAGAACAAAACUAAUCGUUUGUUUUUACCGGUUUUUUAUGACGUGGAUCCUUCUGAUGUCCGACACUGCCGAGGUAGUUUUGCAGAAGGAAUGGCUAAGCAGGAGGAGAGAUUCAAGAAUGACAUGGAGUUGGUCGACAAGUGGAGGACUUCACUACACAAGGCAGCACUUGAGAAGACGGCUGAAAUUGCCGGCUACACUUUCAAAAUCGGGGAUGGGUAUGAGUAUCUUUUGAUUGAGCGUAUCCUUAAGGAAGUUUCCCAAAAGAUUAAUCGUAGACUUUUACAUGUUGCAAAUUAUCCAGUUGGAUUGAAGUCUCGAAUGGAUAAAGUAAAGUCACAUCUGAAUCUUGGGUCUGAUGACGUAGUCCACAUGAUAGGUAUAUGGGGAACUGGUGGUAUAGGAAAAAGUACAAUUGCCCGAGCAGUAUAUAAUUCCAUUAGUGAUCAAUUUGAUGGUUUCUGUUGUUUUCUCGAAAAUGUGAGAGAGAAUUCAGAAAAAUAUGGCUUAGUACAUCUCCAAGAGAGGGUUCUCUCAGAGAUAUUCAGAGACGAGAUCACGUUGGGAAACUUGAGUAAUGGAAAGUCAACAAUGGAGAGUAGGCUCUGUGGUAAAAAGGUUCUUUUGGUUCUGGAUGAUGUUGACCAAACGGGACAGUUGCAGGCUAUUGUUGGAGAACCUAAUUGGUUGUGUUUGGGUAGCAGAGUUAUCAUUACAACACGCAACAGCGGCUUACUAAGGAAACACAAUGUUAAUAUAACAUAUGAUGUGGAGGAGUUGAGUGAAAAUGAAGCUCGUCAAUUGCUUACUUGGAAUGCUUUCAAAGUUGACAAAGCUGAUACAAGGUAUACCACCAUUUUAGACCGUGCAAUGGGUUAUGCUUCCAGGCUUCCAUUGGCUUUGGAAGUAAUAGGUUCCAACUUGUUUAAAAAAGGGGAAGAAGAAUGCAUGCGUACAUUAGAUCAGUAUGACAAACAUACAGAUAAAGAGAUCGAUGACAUUCUUAAAGUAAGCUAUGUUUCCUUGGAUGAAGAUGAGAAGAAAGUUUUUCUUGACAUUGCUUGCUGUUUCGAAGGAUGUAAAUUGUCUGAUGUUGAAAAUAUACUACAUGCUCAUCAUGGUUCACCUAUGAGACUUAGUAUUGAAUCAUUGAUUGAAAAGUCUCUCAUAAAAAUUGACGAUUAUCUUGUGACAUUACAUCAAUUGAUACGAGACAUGGGCAGAGACAUCGUGCGGCAAGAAUCACAAGAGCCUGCGGAACGUAGUAGGUUAUGGUUUUGGGAAGAAGUAGUCCAAGUUUUAGAACAAAAGAAAGGAACUAGCAAUAUUCAUAUCUUAAUUCUGGAUUUUCCCAAAGAUGAAGCACACUUGCAAGGACCCAAUGGCGAAGUAGUGAAUUGGGAUGGAGAGGCCUUCAAGAAGAUGGACAAACUCAAAACACUUAUUAUUCGAAAUGGUCAUUUUUCCACAGGCCCCACACAUCUUCCAGAUAGUUUAAGAGUUUUGAAAUGGCAAGGAUAUCAUUCACCAUCUUUACCAUGUUAUUUUUAUCCAAUGAAACUUUCCGUACUUGAGUUGCCUGAUAGCCAUUUAGAGUCAUGUGAACCAAUCCAGGCAUUCACAAAUUUGAGAAUUUUGAAUUUGAGCAACAGUGAAUCUAUAACUCACAUACCUGAUGUAUCUCGUGUCGAAAAUUUAGAAACACUGUCAUUUAGAGAUUGUGUGAAUUUAACUGAAAUUGAUGAAUCAGUUGGACGUCUGGGGCACCUUAAGAUAUUGGAUGCUUCUGGUUGCAAGAAUCUGAAAACUUUUCCGCCCAUCAUAUUGACCUCUCUUGAACAGCUCAAUCUUUCACACUGUUCAAUUCUGGAGAGGUUCCCAGAAAUAUUAGGGAAGAUGGAACAAAUAACUGAACUUCGUAUAACUGGGAGUUUCAUAAAAAGAUAUCCAUUUUCAAUUCAAAAGCUUGCUCGGCUUCAAAAGUUGAAACUGCAAAUGUGUGGAAUGGUUCAGUUACCUAGUAGCAUUUUCAUGUUGCCAGAACUAAGUUUGAUGCAUAUUUCUGAGUGUCAAGGAUUGGUUUUAUCUGAAGAAGACAAAAGUAAAGAAAUGGCAUCCAAGUCUUCAAAUGUGGAUCAUCUUGUUCUCUCAGACUGCAAUAUAUCCACUGACUUCCUUCCAAAAGGUCUUACUCAUUUUUCUAAUGUGAAAGAUUUAAACCUAUCGAAGAAUAAUUUCACAACUCUUCAUGCAUGGAUCAAAGACUGUCACUUUUUGAGGAAUCUUACGCUGGAUGAUUGCAACCAACUACAAGAAAUUAAAGGGAUUCCAAGGAAAUUAGAAAAACUUUCUUUGAAAGGAUGCAAAUUCUUGAGAUGCUUAGACCUCGCAGUUCUUCCUGAUUGCACUGCUGAAUGUUGCUCUUUGAAGGAACUGAUUUUGGAUGAUUGUAGGUGUCUUUUAGAAAUUAAGGGGCUUCCUAAAAACUUGGAUAAUUUCUCUGCAAAAAGCUGCACAUCCUUGACUUCCCAUAGUAUGAACAUGUUAUUUAAUAAGGAAUGGGUAGAGGCUGGAAACAAAAUGUUUGUUUUCCCAGGAAAAAAAAUUCCAGAAUGGUUUUCGCAUAGUGCAAGAGGAGGGUCAAUGUCUUUCUGGUUUUGCAACAAAUUCCCUGCCAUUUCUCUGUGCCUUGUUAUAGAACUGGCAGAUGAGCAAUCUAUCGAGCUCAAGUUCAGGCCCAAAGUAUUCAUCAAUAAUAUACAGUCCCCUGUAUGCCAGAGAGUUUACGAGUUCAUGAUAGAAACUGAUCAUAUACUUUUGCUGAAGUUUGAAGAUGUGGACAUAGUGUUUGAAGAUGAUAAGUGGUAUCGUGUGGACGUUUAAUACGCUGAUCAUAUUACCCACAAGAAGGUCUCAAUAAGACGGGUUGCUAGGUCUAGUGGAAUCCAUGUAUUAGCAAGUGAUCUGAGGGAUGUCCGAUUUAGUCCCCCACAAAACACGUCACAUCUGAUCCAAACUGAGGGUCCGCAAAAAAUAGCAAAGAAUAUGGUGUUAUCUUUGCCCAUUCUCACGUUGACCCAACCUCCACCUCCACAGACUGAUAAGGAAAAGAACUCAGCCCCUCAACCAAUACUUCCAAU